AUGCCGUACCAAAAGAAAGAAUGGUGUUCUCAUCCGUCUCAUAUUAGCCUAACGCGAUCUGGCUCGAAGCCAUCACAUCCUGUCGGUCGAAGAACAAUCGAUGAACGUGAUGCAAAAUUGUUGAACACUCACAUUAUUCUUAAUUCUGAAUGGGCAUCCGUAACAAUGCAAGCUGGUGAUAAAGUGUGUCAGACGUGCUUCAAUACUUUAUCUGACCUUAUGAAAACAUGUCUUGACACAGAACAAGUAUUGGUUGAAACUCCAGAGGCACACAAUUCUGAACUUCGAACAAUAAAUACACAAUUGAAAAAAGAUUCAGCUAAAGAAGAAGUGAAUCGUGUGUUUCAAGCACUUAAGAUGGAAACUAUUCGGGAUGAUCGAAGAAUUAAACAAAUCCGAAAUCAAAUCGAUGACGUCUACCGGCAUUUACAAAACUUAUGUGAUGUGCUCGAAGAUAAUGAUCCACAAUUGCAUUUACCAAAUCCUCAUUCACUGGAAAUUAAUGAAUCAAAUGACCUAUUAAAUGGUUUAAAAGAACUGUAUAAACAAAGCAGUGAAGAGGAGCAAACUCGUUUGAUGACGAUUGCUCCGUUAAGUUGGGGCAGAGUUAUGCUUUCAAAAUGGUUUGGUUGUACUGACCAUCAUGGAAGACAAGCUCUUCUACUUCGUGAAGAAAAGAAUGUUCUUGCUUUUCCCGAAUACUCUCGAGGAAAUAAAUUCCUUGAUCAAGUUAUUAUCGACCUAAUAGUGGAAUUUUAUUUACAAGAUGGUAUUAGCCGCAUGUCGUCGAACACCAAAGAUGUAAUUAAAAUAAAAACUGAACUGGUUACCCUACGAUUCAUGGAGAUGACUGUUUCUGAAGCUUUACGGAAGUUUUACGAGGAUUAUCCAAUGAUUAAAGUUGGAAAAUCAUCUUUCUUUUCGCUGAGACCUCGACAAGUUAAAUUACAUUGUCCACAUGACACAUGCAUGUGUCAUGUUCAUGAAAACAUGAGUCUUGCGCUGCAAGCUUACAACAAAUAUGUUCAAAGGAAAUCAAGUGGUUAUCCAAGGUUGGAGAAAAUUACGCUGUCGAAUCUGAUAGAUUCAGUUGUAUGUGACCAGCCGAAUGAUAACUGUUUCUUGAACUGUUGCAGUCGGUGUAACAGACGGUUACCUUCAUCAAUUCUCCAGCAACAUUUCAUUAUUGUUGACGAAGAUGACGAAUGGACAUGGUCAAUUUGGAAAACAACCAAUAAAAAAGUCGAUCUUCAUCAUAUUCAUGGUUCAAUCAUGUCAUUACUUGGUGAAAUUGAUGGACAAUGGAAGAAAUUUUUGACACAUAGCUAUUUCAAUAGAGAACAACGGAGUUACAUCAAUAAUCUUCGGUUAUUGUCCAGUGAUACAUCAUAUGCUACAGUGCAGAUCGAUUUUGCCGAAAACUACACCAUAAUAAGACAACGAGAAGUACAAGCUGCUCAUUGGAACAAUGUACAAGUUACCAUAUUUACUGUGCAUAUAAAAGUCGGAACAACUCAUAAAAAUAUGGCGAUCGUUAGUGACUAUAUGCGCCAUGAUACAGCUUUCGUCUACUGUGCUCAACGUAUAAUCGUUGACUUUUUGAAAAAGCAUUAUCCUCAGAUCACCAAGAUCAGCUAUAUAAGUGAUGGUGCACCGAGCCAUUUUAAAAAUCAUUCUAACAUGAUAAACUUGAUUCAUCAUAGAAGCGAUUUUAACAUUGAAGCGAGUUGGUCAUUCUCUGCUAGUGGACACGGUAAAGGACCUUCUGACGGCAUAGGAGCUACACUCAAAUCAGGUACCAAUCGAUCUAUACUUUCAUCGGGUACAAUUCUUUCAUCUGCUGAAGACUUCUUUAAUUUUACGAAGAAAAUAAACGACGAAGCUGCUUUGUUGAAAAACUCAAAUGGGCCACCAAUCAAUGUAUAUUAUCUCAAUAGUAUCACCAUCGAGAAUGUAAAUGAAACAUUACUUUCUGAUCGGUUUAAACAAUUAAAUGGACGAAUCGAAGAUAUUCGACAAGUUCAUCAAUUCGAUCCCAAAGAUGAAUUUACUAUUUUCUGUCGAAAAACAUCAUACUCUUUGAUUGUCGAAGAGUUCACUCUUCGAACUAAUACAACUGAUGAACAAAACAAAUCUCUCCAACAAAUCAAAACAAUAGAAGAUAUCUCAAUUGAUUAUAUCGUGAUUGUUAAUGAUGAUGAGAAGCAUUAUCUUGCUAAAGUGAUCGAUGUGAGAGAAUCUGCGGAGGAAGUGUUUCAGCAAAGCGAAGACAAAUGCAACUAUCCCGUACAAAAAUAUUAUUGCAUAUUUUAUUUGUCCGCCAGUAUUUGCAAAGAAAAUUAUCGCUUUCCGAAACCACUCUGUAAAAUCGUCGGAAGACCGAUUCUUUUCUGGCUAUUAGACCAUUUGGAUACAAAUGUAGACGAUAUUAUAUACAUUGGUGUAAUGGAAACUUUGCAGAAUCAGUUUGAUUUAACUCAAUCGUUGAAAAUCGAAUAUCCACAGCGAAUUUUUCAAGUAGUAGUUAUUGAUUUCGAAACACGAGGGGCGUUAGAAACGUUGUUUAUUAUGUUGCAAUCAAUUAAUACAGAACGUUUGCUAAGAAAAACAAUUUCUUUUGACUGUGAUACUGUUUACUUACAGCCUGUUAUUGAAAAAUUUCGUCGACUGUCAGACCAUUUGAACGCCUCUUUCUUUUUCGAAGAUAACGAUGGUAAACCUAUAUACUCGUACUUAAAAUUGAAUGAAAACAAUAGACAAGAUGGAUUUCCUAUAGUGGAAAACACAUGUGAAAAGAUAAUGAUUUCGAACUGUGCGAAUACGGGUGCUUAUGCUUUUCGGUCGGCCUCUACUUUGAAACGAUAUUGUGCACAGUUGUUGGACGAAACAUCUGGACAGUAUGGCAAAUAUUACACGACACAUAUUAUUAAAACAAUGUUAGAUAACCAAGAGCCAUUUGUUGGAAUUCAGAUUGCCGUGACGGAUUUUGUUUGUCUUGGAACCCCCGAUCAACUAAAUCAAUUUUUAAGACACCUAAAAGGCGACAAACCCGCAGUAAAUAUUCGCAAGAUGCGGUUUUGUUUUGAUUUGGAUAACACAUUGGUGUCUUACCCCAAAGAGCACGGCAAUUACAUUUCAGUCGAACCAAAGAUAGAGAAUAUUAAACUAGCACAUGAGCUUCACACCGCUGGUCAUUAUAUUAUCAUUCAAACAGCGCGCCAGAUGAAAAUUCACAAUAACAACGUUGGAGCAGCGGUUGCUGAUAUCGGACGAAUAACAUUGGAGACACUAUCUAGAUUCAAUAUACCGUAUGAUGAACUUCUAUUUGGAAAAGCAUAUGCUGAUGUAUAUGUUGACGAUUGUGCAAUUCAUGCGUUGAUUGACACAUUAAAGGAAAUCGGAUGGUCGCUUGACAACGCGAUACACAAUCACAAAGACCAAAAGCAAAUAAGGGGCUUUAUAUCUUCGCGACAUUUUCACACAGUUCAGAAUUGCAAGAAUAAGAAAGACUACUAUCAACUGUUAAUACCAAAUUCUGAAAAAAUUGCCACAGCUCUCGAUCCAAACUAUGAAGGAGAUUUAGACGACGGAAAAAAAUGUGGACAAGGUGUUUACACUUGGCCCGAUGGUCGUCGAUAUAAAGGUCAGUGGCAAGAUGAUAAACAACAUGGAGAAGGUGUUUUCACCUGGCUCAAUGGAGAUGAAUACAGCGGAGAAUGGAAGGAUGAUAAACGGCAUGGAAAAGGUACGUUUACGUGGUCAGAUGGUCGUCGCUAUGAAGGUGAUUGGGUGAAUAACGUUAAAAGUGGAGAAGGUAUCGAAGUUACAACUGAUGAUGACCGGUAUGAAGGUGAAUGGAAAAACGAUAAGAAACAUGGAAAAGGUGUUUACAUCUGGUCUGAUGGUCGGCGCUUUGAAGGACAAUGGAAAGAUGAUAAACAAGGAAGCGACGGUGUUUAUAUCUAUCCCGAUGGUAGUCGAUAUGAAGGUGAGAUGAAAAACGGUAUGAAAGAUGGAAAAGGUAUUGAAAUAGACGAAGAUGGUGAUCGAUAUGAAGGACAAUGGAAAAAUGAUCAGAAACAUGGAUAUGGUACUUUAACUAUGAGUAAUGGAUAUAAAUAUGAAGGUAAUUGGGAAAACGACGAGAUGAAUGGAAAAGGUACUGAAAUAGACGAAGAUGGUGAUCGAUAUGAAGGAGAUUGGGAUGAUGGUUCCAAACAUGGCAAAGGAACGGAAACUAAGAAGAAUGGUGAUCGAUAUGAGGGUGAUUGGGAUGACAAUUCCAAACAUGGCAAAGGAACAGAAAUUAAGAAAAAUGGUGAUCGAUAUGAAGGAGAUUGGGACGACAAUGAAAGAAAUGGAGAAGGAACUGAGACUUUAGCUGAUGGACAAAAGUAUUCUGGAAGAUGGAAGAAGAAUCGAAAACAUGGAAAAGGUGUUCAAUAUUACAGCAAUAAUCUGAAAUUCGAAGGCGAAUGGAAAACCGGAGAAAGAAAUGCAGAAGGUCGUUUAACCUUGCCGACUGGAAUGAUUUAUACAGGACAUAUCAGUGAUGAAUUCAUUGAACAAGCAAAAAAUAAUCGUGCGCAAUGUGGUCGAGUUCAAUGGACUUAUUAUUCAUCUUAA